UACAAUAAUGACACCAACAUCGACAACGCAGAUACAAUCAAUGCCACCAAUGUCUACUCCAAUUGAAACUGCGACAUCUGUGAUAUGGAAAGAAACAAAGCAAAUCGCAACGAAACCAUCCACUUCAAUCGAAAUUGACAGUACAGCAGACGUGAUAACAACAGUAACAACACAUAAAACAUCUGUACCAUCCGUUUCUACUGACAUUGAUUGUACGAUAUCAAUAACACCACCAACAACAACGUUAACAGGAACAGGUGUUAAAACUACAGUUUCAGAAAUACUGGAUCAUUACACUGGACUUAUUAUAGCAGGAGGAAUAAUCAUAUCUGGAUUAUUGUUUGUUAUUGCAAGUUAUUGCCUCAUCAAAAACAGACAGAAAGAUCCAUCCAAGUAUACAUCCACCAAUGUAACAAACAAAGGGGAGGAGACAGUGUCUCAUAUAUAUAGCGAACCUUCAGAAGUUCAUCAUGAAUAUAGCGAACCUUCAGAAGUAUAUCAUGAAUAUAGCGAACCUUCAGAAGUAUAUCAUGAAUAUAGUGAACCUUCACGAGUAUAUGAUAUAUAUAUAAGCAGGCAACAUGGAUAUGAAGAGACAAUUUUUCAGGAAUGAAAUUUGAAAAAGAAUAAAUCAUUAAUAAUAUAAUGAUGAAAACAAAGUGACAUUGU